UUCCGUAAAGAUCGAUGCAAGAUUAGAAAUAUACAGAGGGCUUGUUAUCUCCCUAAAACUGACAGGAAACGUGAAGCUUCUUUGGAGCAGCAACUGCCAAGUCAUUCCCAGCUGGACUCGGGUACCUAUUUCCAGGGAGGUCUCUCAUAGCUCUCAAAGUGAGAAGUGACCUUCACCAACAAAACAUAAGCAGUUUUUCUCCAAGUUAAAGCAUCCCCUGGAAUAUUUGGAUCAGCUCUGCACACCGGCUGCUCUUUUGUCUUGUAUGAAUCAACAUGGAAAGAAAUCUUAAGAAUGUUUUGAUCAUUUCUUUCGGAUUUUUACUUCUCUUCACUGCUUACGGAGGACUCCAGAGUCUACAGAGCAGUCUCAACUCAGAAGAAGGCUUGGGAGUUGCUUCCCUAAGUGUUCUCUAUGCUGCACUCAUCUUAUCAUCCAUGUUCCUCCCUCCAAUCCUCAUCAAGAAGCUGGGCUGCAAGUGGACCAUCGCAGGCUCUAUGUGCUGCUACAUUGCAUUCUCCCUAGGGAACUUCUACGCUAGCUGGUACACACUAAUCCCUACCUCUGUGAUCCUGGGCUUAGGAGGAGCGCCACUCUGGUCUGCCAAAUGCACUUACCUCACCAUUGCUGGCAAUUCAUAUGCUGAGAAAGCAGGAAAAAAUGGGAAGGACAUUAUCAACCAAUACUUUGGUAUCUUCUUUCUGAUAUUUCAGUCCUCUGGCAUCUGGGGAAAUCUCAUUUCAUCCUUGAUAUUUAGCCAAGCUUCAAACACAGUGGAAAUCUCAGAAGAAAAUCUGGCAUGUUGCGGAGCAUAUGACUGCAUGGCUGAUACCACUAACAGCACUGGGUCAGCAGAACCCUCCAAGUCCUUAAUCUACACUCUGCUAGGGAUCUACACUGCUAGUGGUGUGCUAGCUGUCUUGCUGAUUGUUAUAUUUCUGGACCAGAUCAAAUCUGACCAAGCAGAGACUGAGAAAGAAAAACUAGAAACACCAUCCUUUUGGUCUACGUUCCUAGCAACUUUCCAGCAUCUUAAAGAUAAAAGACAGUGUCUUCUAAUUCCUCUGACAAUGUACAGUGGGUUUGAACAGGGAUUUCUUUCUGGUGACUACACAAAGACUUAUGUGACCUGUGCCCUGGGGAUACAUUACGUUGGUUACGUGAUGAUCUGCUUUUCAGCUGUAAAUUCCCUCUGCUCUCUGCUCUUUGGAAGGAUCUCUCAGUUCACGGGUAGAAAACUUCUAUUUGCAUUAGCUGCAGUUGCAAAUAUUGCCUGUAUAAUAGCACUACUGCUGUGGAAACCUGACCCUAAGCAGUUUGCUGUGUUUUUCGUAUUCCCUGCUCUUUGGGGCCUAUCUGAUGCCAUUUGGCAGACACAAACUAAUGGACUCUACGGGAUUUUAUUUGAGAAACACAAGGAGGCUGCCUUUGCAAAUUACCGUCUCUGGGAAUCGCUUGGAUUUGUCAUCGCCUAUGCUUAUAGCACCAAACUGCAAGUCUACAUCAAGCUAUACAUCUUACUGUCUGUGCUUGUGUUGUCUAUGGUGAUGUAUGGAGCGGUUGAAUGCCUUGAAGCUAAGAGAUCCCCUGGGACACCUACUGCUACAAAGAAGGAAAAUGUAGGUCCCCACCCCCAGGAAACUCCCAUGUGAUCUAACAGGGUCAGAGCGAUGGUGGCAAAGCAAACUUGCUGGCUCCUACAGGCAGGUCUACAAGGGUGUUCCUAAGCAUAUUGUCUGCAAAAGAUGGUAAAGGAGCAGAUUUUAAGAACAGUAUAAUGCAAGUGUCUUAGGAGUAAAAAUCUCUUUUGACAUCUCAACUUUAUAAGUGAAGAUUAUCUAACUUCACCCUUUCAUACUGAUGACCAACUAAAUGUUUUCUCUUUUUUUUUUAAUUAAUAAAGUCUUAAUAACUGUAAACAAGA